AUGUCGGGCUUCACCUCCUACGCGCUCCUCGGCCUCGGCAAUCUCGGCGCUCCCAUCGCGACUGAGGCUCUCGCUUUGGGCUACAAGCUCCGCAUUCUGACUCGCGACACGCGCGUGCACCCCCAGGCCUCGCGCGCCACUCUGAAGGAGUUCGAGGCAAAGGGCGCCAAGAUUGUUCAAGUCGACUACUCGAGCGAAGCGUCGCUCGAGAAGGCACUCGAGGGCGUGCAGGUCAUCAUCUCCACGCUGGGACAUUCGGAGGAGACGCUCAAGCAGCAGGCGGGCCCCGUGAUUCAGGCGGCCAAGGCUGCUGGCGUGCAGCUGUACAUUCCCAGCGACUUUGGCCUGGACUACGCAGCCGAGGCCAUCAAAGACUCGGCCGUGGCGCAGGGAAAGCUUGCGCUGCGCAAGCCCAUCGAGGAGGCCGGCAUUGUCUGGCUCUCCAUUGUCAACAGCGCCUUUAGCUCCUGGCUCAUCAACCCUCUGUUCGGCUUCGACGUGCGCGCGCACAAGGCCGUCGUGCCCUCGGGUGCCAAGUCCUUCGAGACGACUUCUCUGCCCGACAUUGCGCGCUUCACGCUCCUCGCCACGCAGCUGCCCCUCUCCAGCCACGGCGCCGGGCGCGUGCUGCGCGUCUCGAGCUUCACCACGUCGUUCCCCGAGCUCGUCGCGCACGCCGAGAAGCAGACGGGCGCCACGUUCGCCGUCACGCAGCGGCCCCUCGAGGAGAUUGAGGCGGCAAGCAAGGACUGGAGCAAGCCGCAAGCCGCCUUCCCCGCGUGGCUCAACUACCACAUCGCCGUCAACUCGCAGUACGCAAACGACAAUGCCGUCGUGGGCUUUGAGCCGAAGGCGACGCUCGCGGACGUGCCUGUGCCGCAGUAG